GGCGCUCCCGUCGCCCUCUUGCCCUUCGACGUCCUCCGGGACGCAGUCCAUCGCUCCGGCGACACCGCGUGGUCCGACGGCCGCGCGACUCUCCCCGACACCAUCACCUCCGUCCGCUGGGGCCCCCACGCCAUGGACGCCACCACCGCUACCCUCUUCGUCGACGUCGUCGACGACGAGGACUUCAAGACGCUGCGCGCCCUCAACGGGUCGCGGCUUCUCUUCGACAUCGGCCCGCGCGCGUGCAUCCUCGCGCGUGUGCCCGACCGCCCCCUCCAGUGCUCGAACUGCCAGCAGUUCGGGCACGCGGCCGUCCGGUGCCGCGCGGCCCCCGCGUGCGGCUUCUGCGCCGGGUCGCACCACACCCACCACCACGAGGCGCUCGCA